AUGUGCAGAUUGAAUCAAAGUUGCAGAGCUGCAGAUGGCCAGUGCGUUUGUCCUUACCUCUGUCAAAUUUCAAAAAUAAAAAAUUAUUCAGCAGAAGUUCCAUUUUCGCCUCAAAUUUUGUCUUUAUUCACUCAAGCAAUGUGCCAGCAGGCAGAAAUCAUAGUUCUCUUGUCAAACCAGACAAAGAUCACAAAUGAAAAAUUAACUCCCCGCUAAGCAAAAAAAUUAUGUUCGCUAAGAAGAGGUUAAUUUUUUUUUUUAAAUUGAAAAAAUCCCUAAUUGUGCAAAAUUAUGCUUUAUAAUGCAUGCUGUUAAAUCAAACAGAAUUAAUUAGAGAUUUCAUUAUGCUAAUUAUCACUUAUAUAUCAAAAUUUUUUGUAAGCUCCACUAAGGAUAGGCUUUUAUCCAAAAAAUAGGUAUUUUCCCAUAUUUUUCUCGCUCAAGAAAGUGGGAGUAAGCGAAAUUUCUAAUGAAUUAAAAGAUUUAAAACGUCCAAGUAGCAAUGUGUCUGUAAUUAUUCCAGAUGAUAACUCCACAAGUAACGAAGAAUUACUAUCUGUUAUAAGCGGAAAUACCACGAAUUUUAGGUAUAGAAUUUCCUUGCUCAGCACUAUUCCACGCCCUGUAUAUAAGGAGCGGGCAUUUUGCCUUGUGUCAAAAUUAGUGGAUUUACAAGGAAACGAAGUUACGCUGCAAACGCCAGUGCGUUUCAAGAUUAUGCUAUUUACUACAGAAAGACCAGCAAAACUCUUGAUAAACAACACAUCAGGUGACAAAGUAAUGAGGGGUACAACUGAAGUGGAAGCAGAUUCUCUGAUCACUUUUAAUAAUGUUGUUAUCAAGGAAGUCACAUCACACUUUAGACAUGGGUGCGUUUUCUUGGUGGUCGCACCUAUAGAUGCAAGCUUUAUUCAGCCUUUGAUUAUUGGAAACGUUGUCAUUAAAGCGAGAAAGGUGAUUAAUGAAGGAAAUCCUCGAAAGAUUCCAAAACACUCGGAGGAUGAAAUUUAA